AUGGUGACCAAAAAGAGCCAAGGCCCACCGAGGCGCUCCUGCUAUAAAGGGUGUGAGGGGCACACCCUGAAUGGCAAUCAGCCCAACCAAAAGGCAGAAGCGAUUAAGGAUACUGCCAAGACUACCAGCAUAGGAGGGAAACCAGAUGACAAAGGGGAAAUGAAAGCUAUGAAAGAAGCCACCCCAAACAACCCCAGGUUGGCUGGGACGAAUGCAAUCUGCGGUGAGCUACCUUCCAUGGACUUCUCUAUAGGUACUGCGCUCUUCUUGAUCUUCUCCAGCUACUUCUCGGAUGCAGUAACCCGAAAUUAUACCACUGAACUCUCAGUGCCAAAUGGAAACCCGUGGGGUAUCUGGGGAGACAUAGAUUUCUGUGACAAAGGAUAUGCAGAUGGAUUCUCAUUGAGGGUACAACUAAAGGAUGAAUACCUAGAUGAUACAUCUAUGAAUGCCAUCCGCCUCCAUUGCACGGAUGGAUCAAUAAUUCAAUCUACUGUUGGAGCGUGGGGGAAGUGGACAAAGGCUGAGAUGUGCGCUGAAGGCCGUCUUAUCUCAUUUUCUCUGAGAGUAGUAGAACCACUAGGACCUGUUACGGAUGACACAUCUGCUGACAAUAUCAAGUUCACCUGUGAAAAUGGGGAUGUCCUGACAGGCUAUUCAACUGACUGGGGUACGUAUGGCCCAUGGAGUGCACCCUGUGCUAAAGGCGCCAUAUGUGGAGUGCAGACAAGAAUUGACAGCGAGAAGUCAGGCGACAUGACAGGACUUAACGAUGUGAAGUUCUACUGCUGCGACUGAACCAUGUGGGUUUCUCCCAACAAUAUCUCAGUUCCAUGUGCCUCAAUGGCUCCAUGAUGUGAGACUUAAUAAUAAAUG